GCCGGUACAAAUGAAGAUCGAUAGUGAUUAGUGAACAUCGAUUGAUAAUUCGUACAAAUCGAGCUGUUUCUACCACGAAAUUUGUAUUUAGCCUUUUUUCGUUGACUUUAGACAACUUCAAGUUUUUAAAUUAAUGUCUGCCAUUAUGGAUGCUGGAAAGAAGAAGAAUGGUAUUAUCUUUGCGGGAACCGAUUGCAAUGAUAAUAAGCCAUAUCCCAUCGCCAAGAUCGAUUGCUGCUUUGACAUUGAUGGGAAGAUAACUUCCCUGGAGGCCAAAAAGAAGAUGAUGAAAACUGUUGGGGUCGACAUGAAGAAGAUGGCUGACGAAGCAAAACAACUGCGCUGGGAAAGCGCCAAACUAAUGCUGGAAAAUCUAUGGAAAUACAACAUGCUGCAAGUGGAAGAGAGCGCCUGCGCUGCUGUCGUCGCGAAAACUCAACAUCACCAUUAACACAAAUCAUUUCAAACUAUUUUCUUGAAACAUCUUCAACACUGAAGCCAUCUACAGAACUGUUCAUCUCACAGGUAGAGCUACUUGACGUGAGUAACGUUUAAAUAACACAUUUAACUGCC